GGGGCCGCCGCCGCCGCCGGGCGCAGCAGGCAGAGGGAAGGCAGGGAGCGGAGCUGCCGCCGCCGUUGCUGCCGCCGAGGGCCGGGGCCUUGGACGCGUCCGGUGAAGAGCGCAGGAGGAGAAGGAACGGGAAGCGGGGGGAGCCAGCCGGCCCCUCUCGGAGGACGCGGCCCGCAUCCGCCCAGGGAAGGGCAGAGGGAAGCGGAGGGGGAGCGAGCGGGCGCCGCCGCCGAGGAGACAAAGAAGCGGAGCCCGCCUGGGCUGGGAGCCUCCCCGCCGCCCGCCCCGCUCCGCUCCCCGCUGGCCGGCCGGAGGCGGCGGUGAAUAUAACUUUGUUGGAGAGUCCUGCCUUUCACUGCUGGGAUCCUUUUAACAGUGUGUCAACGAAGGACUCCAUGAAAGAUGACAGAAGAAGUUAUUGUUAUUGCAAAGUGGGAUUACACUGCACAGCAGGACCAAGAACUUGACAUCAAGAAAAAUGAGCGUCUUUGGCUAUUAGAUGAUUCUAAGACAUGGUGGAGGGUAAGAAACGCGGCCAACAAAACGGGAUAUGUGCCAUCAAAUUAUGUGGAGCGAAAAAACAGCUUGAAGAAAGGUUCUCUGGUUAAAAAUCUAAAAGACACAUUGGGCUUGGGAAAAACCAAGAGAAAGACGAGUGCGAGAGACGCCUCCCCCACUCCCAGCACAGACGCAGAGUACCCUUCCAACGGCAGCAGCGCCGACCGGAUUUACGACCUGAACAUUCCUGCCUACGUGAAAUUUGCCUAUGUUGCCGAGAGGGAGGAUGAGCUGUCCCUCGUUAAAGGGUCCCGAGUGAUUGUCAUGGAGAAGUGCAGCGACGGCUGGUGGAGAGGGAGCUACAAUGGACAGAUCGGCUGGUUCCCAUCGAACUAUGUGGUAGAGGAGGUUGAGGAGGCGACUGCAGAUUCACCCAGCUUUCUCAGCCUUAGGAAAGGCGCUUCCAUGAGUAACGGCCAGGGCACCAAAGUACUCCACAUCGUUCAGACACUGUACCCAUUCAGCUCAGUCACAGAUGAAGAGCUCAAUUUUGAAAAAGGGGAAACGAUGGAAGUCAUUGAAAAGCCAGAAAAUGACCCAGAAUGGUGGAAAUGUAAAAAUUCCAGAGGGCAAAUCGGUCUUGUUCCUAAAAACUAUGUAGUAAUCAUUAGUGAUGGUCCUUCCAUGAACACUUCCCAUCCGCCUCAGAUAAGCUACACGGGACCAUCUUCCACCGGACGAUUUGCUGGAAGAGAGUGGUAUUACGGGAACGUUACCCGGCACCAAGCAGAGUGUGCCCUGAACGAAAGGGGAGUGGAGGGAGAUUUCCUUGUUAGAGACAGUGAAUCUUCGCCCAGUGACUUCUCAGUAUCUCUAAAGGCAUCGGGGAAGAACAAACAUUUCAAGGUGCAGCUCGUGGACAAUGUCUAUUGUAUUGGGCAGCGGCGAUUUAAUACUAUGGAUGAGUUGGUGGAACACUACAAAAAGGCUCCCAUCUUCACCAGUGAACACGGGGAAAAGCUAUAUCUUGUGAAAGCACUUCAGUGACGUUGAAGAUGGACUUGGCCACCUGGGCCUCUUAUAACUUACAAGCCUUAGGUCCUAAAUUCACUUUUAUAGAGCAGAGCAAUAUCUGAAGCAGGCUUAAGGAAUAGGCUCUUUCUAAAGUGUUUGCUCUGUCAGUUGCUGUUUGUCCUUUUUUUUUUUGUUUGCCUCUCUUUGUGUUCCAGUUUUGUUAACCUCUGACCACCUCUCUUCAGGUUGAGAGUUUCCCUUGGGUGGCCAUGGCGAGCACUCACCUUCCCAGCAGAGUUCAAAACGCCCCUCUCCUGUGUACGUUUACAUAGUUAGCUCAGAUCAAGGAGGGGCGUUUUCAAUUCAAAGCAGUGUUAAUCUGUUCAGACUGCUCAUGCAGGCAGAACUCUCCGUUCAGAGACAUCGGGCACAGUUUGAAUGCACUGAAGCUGCAGCUGCUUAAGUGAGAGAGAGUAGACAUAACAGUGUGGCUGUGAGUUCUGUAGCUAUAUUGCUUACCGAGUAGGAUAAUACAAAACCUCCUAGUUCCUAGAAGCACUCUUUACACUGUACUCUGCUGUUACAUUGCCUCUCUGACUCUUCGUAAAGAGUACACUAAUUAAAAGCAUUUUGUAAUAGUACUUCUUAAACUACUAUGGUAAGAUUGUAGUAAAAGAAAACUAGUGUAUUUUGGUCUGUAAUUGCAACAAAGAGAAAUUUUAUUUGAAAGUUGAUUACUAGAGAAGAAUAAUUGAAUUGUAAAGGCUGAAUGUUUCGGUAAUCUACAACCAAAUGUGCCAUCCACAUAAUGCUUUUUCCUCUUGCCCUUCUGCUUGUUUGAAUUAAAUGAUUAUGUAUUUAAUUCUCAAAGUUAUAUGUAUCUGUAGCUGAUUGUUGACACUAAUACAGGAGAUUAAUAAAAACUGAUCUUGGGACAGGGUGGGGCGGGCUACCAACACUAUAUAUAUAUUUGCUUUACAGAAAGAAAUCUUCGGGUUUUACAGAGGAUGGUGUGGUUGGUAGGAAGAGACGCACAGAAUGUUUAUGAAGAAAAUGCAUUUUUCUCUUUUCUUUACAUUUAAACUCCUUUAUGGUUUAAAUAUACAGUCUUUAGAUGGCACAUUCCUGAGAUUGGAGAACGGAUCAUGAGAUUUCAAAAUCUUGCAUACUCAGUUUUUUUGGAUAUUGUAAUAAAAAAGGUAUUACGUCA